CGACUCGGGGAACGCGCUUUGGCCGUUGUAUACGUUCGUUGUGCCGCGGGCAGCGAGCGACGUUUGUGGCGAUGGCGUUGGCUUCUGGAUAAACAGAUUGUUCUGGGGGUUAUCAGUCCCUUCUCUGGCGACGCGACAAGAUCGUGCUGUGUGUGUUCCCGGGAGGAUCCGGUGCGUGAACGCCGUGCCUCUUGGAUUUACCCGUCGUAGAGCUUUUCCAAGUGUAUCGUGCGUGCGCGACUGCUUCCAACAACACCCCUCCGGAGGAGCUUCCCCUUGAAUUCGCUUCGAGGGCCAAUGGGCGCAGCGCAGCAGGACAUCGUCGUCGUCGACCGGGCCGUGUAGGCGCGCCCGCUCUGUGCCAUGGGGCGGCUGCCGACCCGUGGCGGCCCCUCUUCGUCGCCGCCGCCGCGGUGGCCCACGUCGCGGCUUCUCCGGCUGCGCGUGGCCGGAGCCCUGGCCGCGGUGCUCGUGCUCGUCCUGACCGAGCCUGCGCACGCUGCCUGGCAGGACGCCCUCGUUGCCAAGAAGACAGUCGCCCAACUGCCUCCAGAGCUGAUUGGGAAGUUCCGUGGCAACCAGACACACAGUGACCACUUCCGUCUCCUAGAGCAGGAUGGGCACAACCUUCUUGUGGGGGCUAGGAAUGUUGUCUACAACAUCAGCCUUGCAUCGCUGGAGUUACAAAAGAAGCUGGAGUGGUUCUCCGAAAGUAAGGACAUAGACAUGUGCAAGCUAAAAGGGAAGACCGAGGAGGCAUGCCAGAACUACAUUAGAGUGCUGGCAAGAAAAUCUGAAACAGUCAUUUUUGUCUGUGGCACCAAUUCCUACAAGCCACGCUGCAGGGACUAUGUGAUAUCUCCGGAUGGGGAGUACUCAGUGAAGGAGCAGGUGCCGGGAGAGGGCCUCUGCCCCUUUGAUCCUAAGAACAACAGCACAGCCAUUUUUGCCGGUCCUUUAUCAAGGAGGACAGAUGGUGACCUGUAUGUGGCCACUGUUGGCCAGCUUUCGGGGGCAGACCCACUCAUCUACAGAAAGCCACUCAGGACAGAACCCUUUGACCUAAAGCACCUGAAUGCCCCCAACUUUGUGAGCUCCAUCCACUAUGAAGAUUAUGUAUAUUUCUUCUUCCGUGAGUCAGCCGUGGAAUAUAUUAACUGCGGCAAGACGGUUUACUCCCGCGUGGCGAGGGUGUGCACUCGGGACAAGGGUGGGCCUCACAAAUUCCAGCAGCGCUGGACCUCCUUCCUCAAGGCCCGACUUAACUGCUCCGUUGGCGGAGACAUUCCUUUCUACUUCAACGAAAUACAAUCGACCAGCCCAAUUGUGGAUGGCAUCUACAACGGCAAGGAGGCCAAGCUCAUCUACAGUGUAUUCACGACGCCACACAACAGCAUCAGCGGAUCAGCGGUGUGCGCAUUCCGUGUCGAGGACAUUCAGCGGGUCUUUGAGGGCAGUUUCAAGGGACAAGACGACAUCAACUCAAACUGGCUGCCCAUUGUCAACUCAAAGGUUCCAGAACCCAGGCCGGGCCAAUGUGUCAAUGACUCCAGGACACUACCAGAUGUGACGCUCAACUUUAUCACGGAGCAUCCGCUAAUGGACCAGGCAGUUCCGUCACACUUUGGUCGGCCCAUAUUGGUGCACACAGGCUUCCAGUACCGGUUCACUUACAUUGCUGUGGACCCCCAAGUGGAAACUGUGAGCGGCAAGAAGUACGACGUCCUCUUCAUCGGAACAGACACUGGGCGCGUGCUGAAGGCAGUGAACGUGCCACGACAGCAGCAGUCAGCAGGAGGCCACCCGGUGCUUGUGGAGGAUGUCGGGGUGUUUCAGGGUGCACCCGUCACUAACCUGCUGGUGCACCGGCCACAAGGGCGCCUGGUCGUCGUCACCCACUCAGAGAUACAAGCUGUGCCACUUUUUGGCUGCCAGCGCUAUGCUGCCACUUGCGCGGAUUGCGUGGCCCUCCAGGACCCGUACUGUGCAUGGGACAGUGAUCGUGGCACUUGUGUCAACCCAAGCUUAAGGGUGAGGAAGAAGGAUAGCUAUGUCCAGAACAUCGAGGAAGGAUGGGACCACCGAUGUGGCCAAGGGGUGUUGCAGGGGGCGUCAGGUGUGACAGCAUCUCCUCCGGUGAGCGUGUGCCCCCCGUGCGACUGCACUUGCCCUCCUCCCCCAACCCUUCCUCCCACGUCAUCGUCCCCCGCCGAGAUCGACGACCCUGACAUGGCCGCCGAAGAAUUCAAUGACCUCACACGACCCCAUUUAUUUGGGAGGCCCCCAUCAUCGAACGGUCCCCUGCGGUCCCCGCACCAGUACCAGGGGUCUGGAAUGGACGACGCUGCUCACCCAAAUUCGGCGUCCCGUCCCUUGGGAGACGGUCACGAAGGCGCUGUGGCUGGCUCCUCCUUGCAUGGUGACCAGAGGACAGGCGGUUCCUCCCAGUUCUACACGGCCGAGACUCUGGCCAUUGCUGUGACCACAAGCAUUGUGUCCUCCCUGGUGGUGGGCUUCAUCAGUGGUUACAUCUUCAGCAGGCGCUGCCGCAGUGAUGAUGAAGCAGAGGAGACAUGCCCGCCCGACGACUAUUCGCGUUACCUCGACCGGGGUGGCGACCCCCACGCAGAAGGUUUCCUCUCAUCGACACACAACCAUGCCAAGCCCAUCAACCUUGUCCUCAACGUGCCGCCCAAGAACGGCAAGAAUGCCAACAGCUCGGCGGACAACAAGCCUCUGCAGAAAGUGAAAAAGAUUUACUUAUAGCCUCUUGCGAGGCCGGGCCUGGAGCCGUUUCAGGUCUACUGAGCACCUCGGGCUGCAACAGAUGCACGCUCUCUCCCCCUGCACAUCUGGCUGGGAGACCUUCACCAACCUGCGCAGACACCCUGAUGCGAGCGCUUAUGGAGGAAUGAGCAGCAUCUCGAGCACGACGUGAUCGAGCAGCCGACAGAGGAAUGCGAAUGGCCAUUAUGCAAAGCGCAAGACGGCACUGCGCACGUUCAAGAGGCGCCUUCUCUUUCUUUCUGCGAGGCCUCCGCAGCACAUGAGCUGUGGGCUUGCCGCUCCUGGGUCCGGCAUUUAGGGAAAAUUAAAAAAAAAAAAGUCAGUUCAAGAGACACCAGCAAGCAGGCACUUGCCGCGCUUGCACAAAUGGAAGACUACAGGGGACUGCACGUGCCACAUUGUUGGCUCCGCUGCGUGUGUGUGUCAGCUAACAAGUGUGUGCGUGUGUGCGCUCUUGCUUGCAGAGCUGUGCCUGUAUGCAGCUGCCUGGCUCUUCAGUAGCUGGGUGACUGGUCUAGGCUGAAGUUGCUGCAAGCUCUGCUGAUGCGCGAGUGUUCUGUCUACUUAGCGGUGGACACUCUUGAGUGGCCAGAGACCAUGUGUAGUCUACACCCGCCCCCACCAACCCUCAAUCCCCACAAUCCUGCAGAGGAGGACAGCGAUCAGAUCUAGUCUUGGUUGGCACGCAUCAGCACUGGAGUGGGCUGCCUUGCAUCAUCAUGGGACAGUGUCCGGAAAGCGCCAAUGCCGGCUUCUGCAUCUCGGUUGCGUCUCACCCAACAAUGAAUCUGUUGCCACUGUUGCUCUGCCAAAGGACUUACUCGUACCUUGCUUGGCUGCCUCCACUUUUAUUGUUUUACUUAUCUUUUUUUUUACCCCAGUAUACAACUUGUUACGCAUUGUAAAGCAUCAGCAUUCCAUUCGCAAGUUACUUCAAUUUUUAGGCACGGUUCUUGUUUAUUUUACACAUCCCCUUCCCUCCCUCUUGCUCAAAAAAGUGUACUUUGCGCCGUUUCUUUACACCUCUAUGUGCACCUGUUAAGCAGUGGGUCAUUAAUUGAUUGUUUUGUCUCGUAAGAUGAGAUAUUAUUUAUUCAACGCCAUCUGCAAGUGCGACAUUAAGCAUAAUUGUACAGAGCUGAUACACUUUUUUGUGACUAUUUUCUUUCCCCUUGUGCAUUUGGGCACACACCGAUCUGUUGACAUAUUGGUCUGGUAAUUUCCUUGCCGUCCCCAAGCUGCUGCCAGGAUAUGUUGACACAGCAUGUGGCAUAAUUGGCAUAUAUUAUGUACAGCGUGCGGCAUGGAAGUGGAGUGGUCCCUGUGGUUCAAUUUAACCUAGUCUUGAAAACAAGCAUCCAGGGUUUAUGUGUCAGUCCAGUGUUGUUGCUUCACUUGGCAUCUUGUGUGUACUUUACAUAGAGCUGAAGCAUACAUUGUAUGUGCUUUUGCUGGAACUCUGGUUUUAUGCUUUGGUGAAGAGUCCUACACAGCUACGCCGCUCAAGCAAGGACUGUUGUACAAAGAACACACUUUUCAGUGGAGCGUACAUCGACCUGUGAAGUGACAGAAGCGUCUCAAGCCACGCAACUGCAAGCUACGAUGUGAACUUUCUCCACCUGUGGCGCAUAGGCCCUUGCCUCUUUUUAAUGCAAGGACUAGCACUGAGACUUGUUAGUAAUAUUGCCUGAGACUGUCCUUUAAUUCAAAUAGUCGUGGUCAAGCGAGUGGCUUUGCCAAAAGUCGAAGCCGAAGGCACGUCGAAAUAAAAAUCACCAUCGAUCAUGUAAAAUAUGGGGAUGUGUUUAGAACUUAAUGUGUUGUCGUUAUGCUAGCUACGUCGCACAAAGUGGCCAGUGAUGCGUCGUGCCCCAUGACGCAUUUGUGAAUUUGCUUCAUCAUUUUCAGCACUCCUGUGUCAUAGACUGUGGAAUAGAACUCGUCAUUAUUUCGUUUGUGUGGUUGUUAAGUCUUGUGUAAGAACUAGAAGCUCGGCAAGAAAGUAUGAAAAAAAGAGGCAUAGAAUGUAAAUUAAUACAAAGAAGUCUAUUUAUGCAUGGCAGCUUUGAACGAGCACCUGCACUCAAAUACUCGUUCAUGAGAUGGCGUUCAGAGCAGUUUCUUUCUUUUUUUAUUUUUAGAAGGAUAUAUUUCUUGGGUGUGUUCUUUUAUUGAAUACGUGUACAUAGUUGAUUUCUCACUAGAACGUUGUGUUACGUUUUGUUGUUUUAGAUUGCAGCCCCUGUGCAACUUAACGAGCGCUCUGCAAUCAAUGUUAGACUUGCAUUAUGUAAAUGUUACACAGAAAUCCCAGCAAGUUGUCCAAAAAAUGGCUUGCAGAAUGUUCAGUAGACAUCUUUUAAUGCUUGUUCAAAUGUCAUUGUUAUCGUAAGAACAAGGGCACAACAAUGACUCUGUCUUGGUAGCAAAAGGCAAUGAAAUAUUAUGAUCCAGAGGCAUAAACCAUUAUGAACGGAAAACAAACGCCAGGCCUCAUGUCAUGCAUGGCCUGUAAUUUUUCCAGAAUGGUAGAAAAAAAGAGGGACGUUCUGGAAUGUCCUAACGAGCCCUUGUUCUAGCGAUAGCAAAAGUGUGCUAUUGAUGCUUGUGAAUGGAUCCUGACCAUUUGAAACUCCCCCGUCUGUGCUAAUAAUACACCUCAUCUUCAUUUAAGACCUGCUUAUGUCCACCUUGCGGUUUAGCAUGACCUUUUCCUGUCAUUGAAAACAGAGGCUGAUCACAGGAAACGAAGAGGUGCCUUUAGGGUUGCUAAGUUAAAGAUUACGCUCGGCAUUUCUGUUGCAGUCUGUCAUGUUCAUUUGUACAUUAUAGAGACAUUACACAUAUUACGAUGGGCACAUGCUUGCUUGUUGCUUACGUGGACAAAGCCAGUGAUCGAACAGGCAGCUUCAAGUGACAGUUCAGCUUGUUUCAAUGCCUAAAAAAAAAAAAAAGACUUAUGCAGAGUAUUUAGAACCUUUUCUUUGCAAUCAAGCGCUGGAUGUUUGCGCUUCAUUUGUUUAUAUAAAGAAAGGUGUGUGGUAAUUUAGAUGCAUUGGCAGUUCAUGCAAAAUGGCACGCAACACAAAGUGGUACUUACAAGGUAGCAGGAAUGUAGCUCGACAUGGGCUUGAGGAGCUUUGCACGAGUGCAAACCUGACGAAACCACUCAUCACGUAAGCACAACAAGUUACUAGUUUCAUUUCGCUGCUGUUUGGGAAAAAUUGACCAAUUGUUUCCAGUGCAUCUCGAUCUCAUGCCGAACACAUGUACCAUUGCUCCCGGCAAGCAAGCUUGCAGCCUGUGAAGAUCACUGAUCACUGCGUUACUAUUAGAACCGAGUACCCACUUUUCUGUCUUGUUCUGCCCUUAUUGUUGGAUGACUUGAACAACAUUUUAUUUACGCUUGUAUCGCUUGCACCUUUUCAGUGAAUGUGCCAGCUAGGUGUUGCUGUACGUGUACAUAGCUGUCCUCAUUUGUUUUUUGCCACAAUGUGUAACAUGUGACUGUCCAGAGCGCUUCGAAUUUUAUUGUUUUUAAAGACGACAGGCAUCUGGCAACAUAGUCAGGCCAGUGUUCCCUGCUGGCCACGUACAGUUUUUUUCGUCAGACAAUAACAGUUAGUAAUAACACUGUAUGCAUAUACAGGGAUAAUGUUGUAAUCGAAGCCCUCCCUCUUUCCACAUCCCGCUCCCACCUGGCUCUCACCUCGACAGUCUGUAUCAACAAAAGAUAGUGACUUUUGUGUGCAUACUUCAUAUUCUUUUGUACAUCGAGAGAAGUGACCCUGCUCGGAGAGAGCUAUAUUCUCUUCGUGCAGGCUAGCAUGUCCAUGUCCCAUGACAGCGCAAGUAUUGUACAGGUAUGUUGACGUUACUAUGAUAAUAAAACUUCUGACUCCAAGGUG